CAAAGUCGAGACUCGAGAAGAAAAAAUAUGUGAAAACCGCGACUUUACGAAUCGUCUCAUUUUUAGUACAUAUAAAGUAGAACACUUUCAUUUUAAGGACCCUUGGUACCCUCGAGGCAUAAAAUAUGGCACAUUUCAUUCACCAUUUUAAUUUGAUUUUUAUUUUAACAUCGACAUUGAUCAUUUCGGUCAUCUCAGGUAACAAACAAAUUUGUGAUUCGGAAGAAUGCAAACAGGCAGCUCAAUAUUUGAAAAGUUCGAUGAAUAUUAGAACGAGGCCUUGUAGCAAUUUUCAUCAAUAUACGUGCGCAAAUUGGGGAAGAUCUCAUUCGCAAUAUGUAAAUGUUUCACAAUUGAGAAUUGAUCGUCAUGAUUUGGAAAUUUUAGAUUACCUCAAUAAAAAGAAUAAUGGUACGAAUGAACCUAAAGCUAUUAAAAAAGCAAAACAAGUGUUCUCUUUAUGCCUAAGAAAUGAUGCCUUUAAUGGUGGCAGAAAAUCGCUUAAUAAUGCUCUCGAAAGCAUUACUCGUAUUGAAAAAAGAGCAAUUAUGAAAGAUUAUUCAACUGCAGUAGCAAAAGCUAGCAGAUUAGUUGGAGUUCAUAUUUUUUUCGAAAUUACUGUGUUACCUGAUCCAAAGAAUAAUACAAAAAAUAUGAUUUGGAUUUUGAAACCAUCUCGUCACCGACUACUUCAAGGAUACUUUAAUCCUGACUUAUUUGAAGAAAAUACGGAAAAGGAUGACUCACCGAAGAAAAUUUACAAAAAUUAUCUAAAGAUGAUCGAAGGACCUCGACUGCAAUCUGCACCCACCAUUUUUACGCUGCAAGAUUUGCACUAUUUUUCUGAAAAUAUUUCACAACAAAUUCAUUCAUCCGUUCCUAAGUUCAAUUGGACCAGAUAUAUCGAAGAGAUGUUCACUGAUUUAGAUGUUUCAUUGGAUUUCAACAACCCUAACAAAUUUUGGAUCGCGAUAGAUGAUUUGAAUUUCAUCAAAGAAAUGUUGACAUUCAUUUACGAACUAAAUAACGUGGAAAAAAUUGAGUACAUAAUUCGACAAGAGGUCACGAAAGUGUUGGAAAUUUACACAGGAAAGACAGAAUUCGAACAGUUUGGUCAGUUUGCUUUUAAUCGCCGAAUCGAUCGGAGUCAAUCGUGUAUUAAAUUAGUUAGUUCAUUAUUCCCAAUAGCACUCAGUUACAUGUACAUAAAAGAUGACAAAUACAACGAAGCAAGAUUCCAAAUCUACGACAUAUUUCUUCAUGUACAAAACAGUUUAGAAAAAAUCAUUAGACGAGUAUCGUGGAUGGAUAUAAAUACUAAAGAAAGAGCUUUGAAAAAAUUGGCAUCGAUAAAAUCUUUGGUUGCUUAUUGUAAAGCUGCCGAACUGACUUCUAUUAUGGAUCAGCUGUAUGAGGAAGUCGAUAUAACUGGAAACAUACUCGAAACUGUGAUCAAAUUAAAUAAAAAUGCAAUCGAACAUAAUUUAAAAUCAGUAAAUCGUAGAAAUGAUCCAAAAACAGAAAAAUGGUUUUCAUCAUUAUCAUCUUCAAAAUUAGUUUACCUACCGCAACGAAACACAAUAACUAUUCCCGCCAGUUUAAUAGGAAUACCAUAUUUUUACAAGGAUGCUCAUGCUCUAAAAGCACUGAAUUAUGGAUCAAUUGGUUUCCUAAUAGCUCGUGAAAUGAUUCAUGGGUUUGAUGAUUUGGGAAGGGAAUAUAAUGAAAAAGGGAACAUUGAAAAUUGGUGGUCAAGAGGAACUUUUCAAAAAUACACGGAAAAAGCUAAAUGUUUCAUCGAUGCUGAUCACGAAAAAUAUAAAAAAGCAAAUAGCACAUCAACAUUAAGGGAAGACAUUUCGGAUCACGGAGCUUUUAAAAUUGCCUUGUUUGCGUAUAGAAAUCAUAUCUUUGAAAACGGCGAUGAAAAUCUCCUCACGCAGUUUGAGGGCUUCACUCAUGAACAACUGUUUACUUUAGGAUUUGCUGGCGUAAGUAAUUUGUGUCAUUACUAUUCAAGAAAAGGGACAACUUGGGUACAUAGAUUUGUGGAAAUUGAGAUGAGCACUUUAGAGUGGGUUGGAAAAAAAUGUCGGAAGAUUUUAACCACAGUCAGUAAUGUUGAGUUUAAAGUUGAACAAAAAAUUUUUAGCUCCGAUGAAGGUGUCCCUGAAGCCGAAGGGGAGAAACACCGAAACUAUAAGAAAAACGUACCUGCAUAAUACAUAAAUGAUAUGUCACAUGAUUUACAUUUUUUAAAAUACGUACUUGAUCAGUAAAAAUGGUCAAAAUAACUCCCAAAAUUAAUAUUAAUUAC